AAAGUAUAAAACUAAGUCAAUCAGAUUGGAGUUCUCUUGAAAAUAUUGCUGCAUUUUUAAAACGAUUUGCUAAAUUAUCUACUGAAAUGUGUUCUUCUUUUUAUCUAACUAUAAGUGCAGUUUAUCCUAUGUAUAAUCAUCUUAUAGAUCAUUGUGAAAAAAGAAUGAAUAAUACAGAAAUUUCUAAGAAGAUAGCUAUGUCUGCAAAAGCUAUAUGGGAUAAGCUUCAAGAAUAUUACAAUAAAACAUCUGAUUCAUUUCAUUAUAUAGCUACUAUACUUGAUCCACAAUGA